CUAAAAGGGAGCAUAGUGACUGGGAGGGAGGCAGAUCUAGGGAAGGAGCCUUACAGCUCACACUCACUCCCAAUCCAUUCUCAGAGAGAGAGACACACAGCCAGCAGCUCCACUGCGAAUCUUGUCUGCAAAGAGCCUAAGACAAGGCAGGCAAAACCCCCCACAAGGAUACAUAAUCCUUUCUCUGCUUACACACUGCCUCUGUUAAAACUGAUCAUUCUGUGCUGCAGAAACCCAUCUCAGUGGAAAUAUCUUCAGUCAUUGGUGUUAUUUAGGCACAGGAGACAGAGCCACCAGCCAAAGCUUCCCUGUUGAUCCAGAACCCCUUUCUUAACACGCUGAUAUAUUUAAGAAGGGGAUUUGCAAUUGUAUUCUAUUUUGGAACCUUUGAUGUAAAUCGAAACAUCUGGCAUUUUGAAGCAUUUGGGAAAAAAAAAAAAAAAAUUAAAGUCAUCCAGGAGGGCAUCUAUCUACCCCAUGGUCCUGGACAAGGAGUUUAGAGGCAUUUUUUGCGCAUGCUGAAUAUUUCUAUAGAGAAGACAAUUUGGCCAGACUCAAUGACUUGUUAGCCAGGAGAUCCGAGAGAGUAUAUGCUUUGUAUUCAAAGGGACAAAAUGGAUUUCAUGUCUUCUCUUGUUUUUGGAGUUAUUGCUCUGUGGUUUGUUGGAUCCAAAGUGUCAGGACAAGGAGUAAGCUCGUGUGGUGGUCGUUUAAAUGCCAAAGAUGCUGGUUACAUCACCUCCCCUGGAUAUCCGAAUGACUACCCUUCUCAUCAGAACUGCGAAUGGGUCAUCAGUGCACCAGAACCCAACCAGAAAAUUGUUCUCAACUUCAAUCCUCACUUUGAAAUAGAAAAACAUGAUUGCAAGUAUGACUUCAUUGAAAUCCGUGAUGGAGACAGCGAAAAUGCAGAGUUGCUGGGGAAACAUUGUGGAAGUAUAGCUCCCUCCACCAUCACUUCAUCGGGCUCGCACAUCUACAUCCGGUUUAUUUCUGACUACGCUCGUCAGGGGGCUGGCUUCUCGCUACGAUAUGAGAUCUACAAAACAGGGUCCGAAGAUUGUUCUAGAAAUUUCACCAACACUAAUGGAACCAUCGAGUCUCCCAGUUUUCCAGACAAAUACCCUCACAAUUUAGACUGCGUAUUUACUAUCCAGGCCAAGCCAAAAAUGGAGAUCAUCUUGCAGUUCUUGACUUUUGACCUGGAGUAUGACCCCCUACAAGUUGGAGAAGGGGACUGUAAAUAUGACUGGCUGGACAUUUGGGACGGGCUUCCUGGUGUGGGGCCCUUGAUUGGCAAGUAUUGCGGCACCAAGACCCCCUCCGAGAUCCGUUCUUCAACUGGAAUCCUUUCCCUCACCUUUCACACUGACAUGGCGGUGGCUAAAGAUGGGUUUUCGGCUCGAUAUUACCUUGCCCCUCAGGAGGUCCCUGAAACAUUCCAGUGCAAUGUUCCUCUAGGGAUGGAGUCUGGGCGGAUAUCUAAUGAACAGAUCAGUUCCUCUUCUACAUACACAGAUGGGAGAUGGAGUGCCCAGCAGAGUAGGCUCAACAGUGAUGACAAUGGAUGGACUCCCAACACAGAUAACAAUAAGGAAUAUCUGCAGGUGGAUCUCCGCUUUUUGACUUUGCUGACUGCUGUUGCCACUCAAGGCGCCGUCUCUAAAGAAACGAACGUGGAUUACUAUGUGAAAUCCUACAAGCUGGAAGUCAGCACCAACGGGGAAGACUGGAUGAUGUUUCGUCAUGGAAAGAACCACAAGAUAUUUCCAGGGAACAACGAUCCCACAGAGGUUGUUUUGAACAAGAUUCCACAGCCGGUGCUGACGCGAUUUGUGCGGUUCCGCCCUCAGACAUGGCACAGAGGGAUAGCAAUGCGUGUGGAGGUGUAUGGGUGCCAGAUAACAGAUUCACCUUGCUCUAAUAUGUUGGGAAUGAUGUCGGGCCUGAUAUCAGAUUCCCAGAUCACAGCAUCUUCAACGAGAGAGUAUUUAUGGUCGCCCGGAGUGGCUCGUUUAGUGAGCAGUCGGUCGGGCUGGUAUACCCAUAUUUCCCAAGCUCAAGUUGGGAAGGAGUGGCUACAGGUGGACGUGGGAACCAUUAAGACCGUAAAAGGAGUUAUUAUACAGGGAGCGCGUGGUGGAGACAGCGUCCCCACCUCAGAAAACAGGGCUUUUGUGCGGAAAUUCAAAGUGGCUCACAGUCUAGAUGGACAUAUUUGGGAAUAUAUACAAGAUUCAAAGACUGAGGCAGCAAAGCUUUUUGAAGGUAACAUGCACUAUGACACCCCUGAAGUACGAAGGUUUGAGCCAGUGGCCGCGCAGUUUGUCCGAAUUUAUCCAGAGCGAUGGUCUCCGGCAGGCAUGGGCAUGAGGAUGGAGAUAUUGGGCUGCGACAGAGCAGAAACCAAACCUACCUCAGAAACAGUGGAACCAACUAUGAAGACUGAAGAGGCAACAACACAAAGUACCAUAGAAGAAGACACCUCUGAAUGUGGAGAAUCUUGUACGGACACUGAAGAUUUCCAAUUCCCGCCUGGGUUUAACUGCAAUUUUGAUGAUUCUGAGGAUCUUUGCAGUUGGAUGCAUGAUACGAAUGCUGAUUUCACGUGGUCCUUCCACCCCAAUAGUCCCUGGAUUGGGCAUCCAGGAUCCAGCCCUGGUGAAAGCAAGAAUUAUCUUAGGCUGCCUAGCGGCGGACGAAGGGAAGGGCAACAUGCGCGAUUACUGAGCCCCAAAAUAUACUUGCCCGCCAGUGCUCUGUGCAUGGUGUUCCGGUAUAGGGCCACAGGAACCGGAGGUGGGACGCUGCAGGUAUUAAGGAAAUCCAACCAAGAGAACAAACUGCUGUGGAAGAUUAAAGAAGAGGAAAUGAGUGACUGGCGAGAAGGCAGGAUCAUUUUACACAGCUAUGAAGAAGAUUAUCAGGUUGUCAUUGAGGGAAUUGUUGGAAAAGGGCAAGCAGGAGACAUAGCAGUGGACGACAUUCGAAUAGCUACUGACAUCCCUUUGCAACAUUGCAUGGAACCGUUAGCAGCUUUUCCGGGACAAAAUAGUCCGCGUAUGCCAGGAAAUCCGGUUGGGGAAAAUGAAGAUUAUGAUGCUUCUGUCGGACGCAGCUUGGGCGGGGGCAAAAUUGGUGAUUUUGAAUCCUACACACCUCUUCCCACCAGUAAUGUGGUAACCCCAAUAUCUAACAAAGAAGAGAGUUGGAUUUAUACUUUAGAUCCAAUUUUGGUAACCAUCAUUGCUAUGAGUUCACUUGGAGUUGUUCUUGGAGCCAUAUGUGCAGGCCUUCUACUCUACUGUACCUGUUCUUACACAGGUCUCUCGUCCCGUAGUUCCACCACCUUGGAAAACUAUAAUUUUGAGUUGUAUGAUGGCAUCAAACAUAAAGUAAAAAUGAACCCUCAGAAAUGCUGCUCCGAGGCGUGAUGGACUGAUGCAUUGUAAUACAAGACACUUCACAUUGGCUUUUUAAGAUUGUUAUUGGAAGCCAUCUCUCAGUGUAAGCUGGUGGUUAACAAGUAGCUAUCUCAGUUGCCUUCGUCUUGAAUCUGCAGCUUUGAAAGACACAAUAUUUAGAAUGUUUUUUCGCCAAAUGAAGAACAGUCUUGGGAUGUGCAAGUUGCUUGAAAGAAUGGGAUUGUGGUAACCGUUCACCCAUGCCUCCCAAAAUUGCUUCACACAUCUGCAGUUUCAACUUUGAUCUGUACCAGUGCUCCAUCCUUAUAUUCAUCAGAAGAUAUAUCUCCACAUAGGAGUUCUAUGAAGUGGUUCUCAUUUCAGGGGUGUGCUGUCCCUGUGCCCGCUUGGAUUAUAGGAGCAACAGCACUUUUUUUUUUAAGAUGAGAUAAAUCUGAACUACAAAAGUUAUGCUGUGCAUAAUGGUAUCUGGACACAAGCAGCAGAGCCUUAAAUAUCUUGUGAAUAAGAGCCAUUUUUUACUACGAGAUCUCUAACGGAAAGUGACUAUUUGCUUCUUCGAGAGAUCUCGACUUUUUUUUUUCUCCCAAGAUGCCUACAACGAAAAGGACACAUUUUUAAAGGUUUUAUAUUCAGAGCUGGCUUUGAUUGUACCUUUUAUGUAUUGUAUGUUUUUGGGGGAGUUGGGAGUUAAUUACAUAUCAUGUAUUGUUUUGGGUGAAGCUUUUGAAAUCUAUGUUUGACCUCUAAACUGGGUUUGUAGAAAAAUUUGUUAUAGUCUGUUCAGUUUCAGGUGGGUUUCAUGCUGUCAAUAAUACAUCUACUUAAUACAUUUCUAGGUAGGUCACAGAGUGAAUAUAGUAGGUUGCUGUUGAUUAUUAUUAUUAUUUAUUAAGCGUCAACAAAUUCCGCAGCGGUGUACAAUAGGUGUACUAACAGACGAGUUGGCCGCACAGGAACAGAAGGUACAGAGGGGCCCUGCUCAAACGAGCUUAAAUUCUAGAGCGAUGACACUUAAUAAGUCUUGUAACCAUUUUGCUGCCCAGUCCACCAGCAAACUGACCUUAGUACUGCUUACAGUUAGAUGAAAAUUACGCACAGAUACCCCAAACCACUGAAGUCUGGUGAUGAUUGCUACUGAUAUCUAUUGUGAAUAGCAGAACAAGUCCCCCGUAAUCUGUUAAGAUUUUAAACAGACUCACUUUUGGAGAGAUUAUCCAGUGUUCUUCUGCCUCAAAACAGAAUGAUGCAAUCUGCUAUUGUUGGAGGUAUUUGUUACGAAGAACAAUUCAUGUAUAUUUUUACAUCUAUUUUGCAUUCUUCACAAAGAAAGGAAACUUCUUCGCCUCUGCUCAUAAAAAGGUACAACGUAAUGCUUGUCAAUCAGUAUCUGCUAAAUAUUCUCAAUGUAAGAUUCUCUCCGCACCACAAUUUUAGCAAAGUACCAGCGAUAUCACAGUGCAUAAAGCUAUAUAUUUUGGCUUAAUAGGAGAAAGCGGAAUCCUUAUGCCUAUCGAAUGUUAUUUUCUGUUUAAGAAGAUAAGAACGGUUUUUAUUUUUUUUAUUUUACACAACCACCAUCAUAAGUAGAACUGUUCCCUGCUUAAGUGCCUUGGAAAAUAAAUGUAUUAGACAGCAUGAAAAUGUAGGAUGUUAACUGUGGUCUUGUUCCAGUGUUUGAGGUGCAUGGUCAGGUGGCCUUAUUUAGUAAACACUGUAUGUAUUUCCUUUUGUUAGACCAUAAUUAAACAUAGCCAACUGGCAAUCUUAUGAGGUGGCCAUCCGUACACCUCUUUGUGUCAAUAUAUGUAUCUGGUUCUCUGUUCUCUAGCUGUCCACUAGUAUGUGCCCAUACAGUUAUCUAACUACAGUUGACUAUGGAUAGUGCAAGUUGGUCAGUGGUUCGUAGAGUAUAGUCCAGGAAUUGAGUGUAGCAGGAAAUGAGUGUAGAAUGUAGGGGCUAGGCAGAUGAUUUACCCGUGUGAUUUCUCAACAAGCUAAGGAACAUAUACAAAACAUCAAUAAACAAUGACAUUUUUAGAAGCCGCGACUUCAAGGCUCCAGGGAUUCAACAAUCCAUGUCAUUAUCACAUAAUUUGACGUGGGUUAAUCCUGAUGUAGCACAUAAUACAUCUAACCCUAUUUAAAUAACCCAAACAUUCUAAUUUAGUAGGGAUAAUUUCACGUCUAGAUAUAUUAUAUAUAUAUAUGUUACCUUUCUAUAGGUGUAAUUAACUUUUUAAAAAAAGGUUGUUUUCAACAUAAUGUUAAUGUGUAGGAAAUCCACCUGAAUUAGAAAUACAUUCAUUUAACCACCAAUGUUGGAUUGAUCAUACCCAUUUCUUUGGUUCCACUCUCCUUAUUGCCUCAGCUAAUACCUCGUUAAGGCCUUUUGCCCUCUUUGAAUAUUGAUUAUGAAGGGCAUGUUACCCUAUAGUGCAAUGACUUGGGUUAUUGUUAAUAUCCUGUUUAGAUCUGAACAGGAAACACAUAUUAGGCAUACAACCUUUCCAAUGGCUAUUAAGGAGAUACUAUAUCACUGGUAUUGGAUCCCUUGUAACAGCAGAAAAUAUCACCGCCCUAUAAAGAUCCUCACGUUGGAUGCAGGAGCUGAGCUUGGGUUUACACCAGCAAAGUCAGUGGUUUCAUUUGGGAGAUGUUUUGUUGCAUUGAUGUAGCAGGAAAGACAUUGGGAUUAAUGAAACCUUUUGACACAUUGUUGGAGGUUCCAUACAGUUUUGCAGGUUCAGAACAAAGAAAUCUAACACUUUCAAUUUUGUCUAAUUUUACCAAUGUAACCUAACAACAAUUAGGGUUUUUUGCAUUGUACAGAUAUUUUAAGGUGAGUUGUAAUGUUUUAUGACGUCAUAAUGCUCUGCUUAAUUCUGGGGUGCAGUACACACGUGUGUGUUUGGAUGGGCGGAAUUUAAAGUAAUAUUCCAAGGACCACAACUGCUACAGCCUGCUUUAAACGUUAUGGUGCCAGGAGUUCCCAGUUACCAUACCACAUCAAGAUGCCAAGUUUUUUUAGCAUGGUUUGAUCACUUACAUUGGUCCAACAGUGCACCGUGCCCACUGCAUUCGGCCUUCUGGAGCAUCAGGCUGUAGUGGUUAUAGUGCUAAGAGUGUUCCUUU